CUCGCGCCCGGAGCCGUCUGGGCUGCAGCACGCGGCGCACGAGGUGGAGCCGCACGCGGUGGAGCCCACGCAGGACGGGGCGGGCGGGGUGCCCAGGCCUCGCCUCCCGCGGUGAGGGGCCCGCCGGGCAGACGUGCAGCCUCCCCACGAGCGCAGGCGCCCCACUGGCACAGCCGUUCCCAGCGUGGGCUGCAGGCAGGCCGAGACAUCAUGGCGGCGGCCCAGCCCUCUGUCCCUUCUGAGCAGUUCACCAAAAUCAAAGAGCUGGAGUCGGCGCUAGAGAAAGGCCUGGAGGAGGAGGAGGAAGAUGGAGUGUGCAAAGUGAAGGAUCCUCGGAGCCCUGGGGAGCUGGAGGCCAAGUGUACGCAUGGGGCCCCCCAGGCCGGGGUCCCAGAAGAAGAGCUGGAGCUGGUGCCGGCCCCCUCGGGGGAGGAGAGCGAGAAGCGCAUCCUGACCCUGGAGACGGUGCGCUUCACUUCCGACGACCAGGAGGUGCAGGACACCGGCUGGCUGCGGGCGCAGCCCCCGGAAGGGGUGCAGGUGAUGCUGCAGCAGGCCAGUCCUGGGCUGCCGUCGCUGCUGUGGCUCAGCGAGGGGCCCCCGCCCCGCGUGCAGCCGUGCGUGGCCGUCAGCGUGCAAGAGGAGCUGUACGCCCUGCGAGAGCUGGAGGUGAUGCAGUUUCACGUUCUGGAGGAGAAUGUGGCCGUGGCCAGUGAUGACAGUGAGCUGGUGGUGAGCCUGGCUGAAAGCACUGGAUUGAUUAAGCUUGAGAAGAGUCCAGAGGAGAACCAGCGUUUGGCCGAAGAAGGACCCGCUGAGAGAGCAGAAGAGCAGCUCUUUCUCGUGGAAGCGAGGCCCGGAGAUGAGGGAAGAGACGAAAUUGUUCUGACAAUCUCGAAUUUAAACAUGGAAGUGCAGGAAGAUAAGUCUGCGUCUGCUCCAGCGGAUGCAGAAAGCGCCAGCUCUACAAAGGACGAGAGCAAGGCAAAGGGGCCGAAGCAGGCCUUCCGCUGCGAGGCCUGUGUGUUCUCCUCCUCCAGAGUGUCCAGCUUCAAGCGGCACCUGAAAACGCACACGAGCGAGAGGCCUCACCUGUGCCACCUGUGCCUGAAGACCUUCCGCACCGUCACGCUGCUGCGGAACCACCUCAACACGCACACAGGAACCAGGCCCUAUAAGUGCGGCGACUGUGACAUGGCCUUUGUCACCAGCGGGGAACUGGUCCGACACAGGCGCUACAGACACACUCACGAGAAGCCCUUUAAAUGCUCCAUGUGCAAGUAUGCCAGUGUGGAAGCGAGCAAACUGAAGCGCCACGUCCGCUCGCACACCGGGGAGCGCCCCUUCCAGUGCGCCCUGUGCAGCUACGCCAGCAAGGACACCUACAAGCUCAAGCGCCACAUGCGCACGCACUCAGGUGAGAAGCCCUACGAGUGCCGCGUCUGCCACGCCCGGUUCACCCAGAGCGGGACCAUGAAAAUACACGUUCUGCAGAAGCACAGCGAGAACGUCCCCAAGUACGAGUGUCCCCACUGUGCCACCAUCAUUGCAAGGAAGAGCGACCUGCGUGUCCACCUGCGCAACCUGCACACUUACAAAGCCGCGGAGAUGAAGUGCCGCUACUGCUCCUCCGUCUUCCACGAGCGCUACGCCCUCAUCCAGCACCAGAAGACGCACAAGAACGAGAAGAGGUUCAAGUGCGAGCACUGUGAUUACGCCUGCAAGCAGGAGCGGCACAUGACCGUGCACGUGCGGACCCACACUGGGGAGAAGCCGUUCACCUGCCUUUCCUGCAACAAGUGUUUCCGGCAGAAGCAGCUUCUCAACGUCCACUUCAAGAAAUACCACGACCCGAGCUUCGUCCCGGCUGUGUACGAGUGCCCCAAGUGCGGCAAAGGCUUCUCCCGCUGGAAUAACAUGAACAGACAUUCAGAGAAGUGUGACCCAGCGCAAAAGAAGUCGGCCACCUCAGGGAAAGGAAAAAAAAUGAAGAAGAAAAAGCAGAUGGUCCCGAAGGAAGCCGCGAAGGAAGCCGAAACUGCCGUUGAGGAGGCUUCCGCCGAGCGGGGAGAGCAGUCCCCAGGUGAGAUGGCGCUUGCCGGCUGCGGAGAAACCACGGCGGGCAACAAGGACCUGGACGGAGACUUGACCUGUGAAAUGAUCCUCAACAUGAUGGAUAAGUGAUGGAGGCGAAAGGUUACAGCCUCUAAUUCUCACAGCAAGAUAGAAAUUGUGAGCGUCCUCUUUGACACAGUUAAGUUCAUGACAAUAGGUGGUCACAGACAUUUUUUUCAAAGUUUGAAGUAAUGCCUAGAAUUGUUUGCCUGUUUUUUAACUGAAUAUUUCAAAACACAUUGCAGGUAUUUUAUAAAAGACGUAAACCUUGAAUCAGAGGGUAGCACCUCAAAUCUAUGAAUUCAUUCGCCUGGCACUGGCAAGGUGGCCCGCAGGAAAGAGUAAUGAUUUUUGGAUAAUAGUUAUUUCUGUAGUCUUUUAGACCAGACAGUACUUCAGCCAGCAAAGCUGGAAAAUUUUAUGUUGAGUAUACACACCUGUGAUAUUUUUAAUACUAUGCUAUUUCAAAUGAAAGACUGAUUUUAUAUUCUUUUUUUAUACAAAUGAAUUUUCCAUAAGAUUUUAAAGCUACCAUAAUGCUUUUAAUUAGUUCCAAAUUCAACCCAAAAGAUAUUAAUAUUAUUUAAAAACGGAAUGGGAAAUUAAAAACUAGAUUAGACUAGAAAGUGAUGAGUAAUCUAUUUUACUUUGGUAUAGGAGCAAGGAAGGGUCCCUUUAGACUUUUAUAUUCUCUUUUUUAUUUCUUUUUUAAAAAUUUAUUUCAAAAUAUUGUUUU